GGCAGGUUCGAGAACUGUCCAUAUGAGAUGUGAUCACAUCAAUUUCAACUUUUUCUGCUAGUGCCAAGGCAAGUUCAGAAUUUCUGGCCGCAUUCUACAGAUGGGCCAUUCAUGCGAGCACAGUUCCUAUGUAACUCACGCGUUUCCUAGAACGUCUGGUUCGAGAUUGCGCGUGAUCAGGAUGGCGCCAACUCUGUUGGAAAUUGAUCUCAGCAGUGUACAUGUCACGGUACAGUGACACGAGGACAAGUGACUGUUGAACGUUGAGGCACGUGCGUUUAUUUGGCUCGCCGCCUCCGGGCACGCGAGCAUCCCAAUGAACCAUCUGCCGUCGACCCUACUCCUCCUGAUACCCACCCGCCUGGUCCUCCUCAUAAUACAAUGACCGAAAUGGUCGCCAAAGUCUUCUGGCCAGAAGAGGCGCGCUCGAGCGAGCCUGAGAUACUCGCGAAAGUGCAUGCGAUCGCUGAACGUGACUUGCGGGUGAAGGGCCAUGUCCCAGACACGGUCUGGUUCCAUAUGUUUGAUGAGACAUCCACGGCCCACAUCAGAAAGGCAUUAGGAAUGAAUCACGAUACGCAGGGCAGCCGGGUCUUUUACAUCAUCGUAUUCAGGAAGCUUGAGCCGAUCACAGACCUGAGUGGGCCCGAGUUUCGCGAUGCAUGGUGGCAAAUCAUUAAUUGUCAUCGUAUACUCUGGGAAGGUGGUGUCUAUCACCGUGAUAUCAGCCCCAGCAAACUCAUGUACUAUCGGCUCUCAUGCGGUCGUGUAAUAGGCGUUCUCAACGACUAUGAUUUAUCUUCCAUUCAAGAUGAUUGUGCCAGAGGCAAUGAGCGCACAGGAACGGUGCCUUUCAUGGCGAUCAAACUGCUCACACUAUCGGCCAUCGAUGGCGUAGUUAAACACGUGUACCGGCACGAUGCUGAAUCAUUCAUCUGGGUUUUCAUCUGGGUCUGUCUUCGGUAUAAGGAUGGCAAGCCCCGCCGUAAGCCCAGAGGUCGCCUCGACCAGUGGCUCAAAGUAGAUGCGCCUACAUGCUGCACGCUCAAGUGCCACUUUUUACUAGUGGCACGUCAUGAAUCCAGCACACGACCCUCGCGAUCACACCUGGACAACUGGGUACUUGCACAGGCUUUACUUACGCCUGUUGCUUCAUAUUAUGUUCAUCCUGAUGUCGUCGCAGAAGAGAAUGUCUUUGAAACGUGGCUAAAGAAGCCUAUGGAAUCAAUAACUACCAUCUGGACUACGUUGUAACACCAUGUAUCAGAGUUCAUAUACAUUUU